AUGACGAUAAAAUUUAAAGAUUAUAGAGAAUUUCUGCUGAGGAGCAUUUUUAUUGUCGUAUUCUCAAGCAUUAUAAUAGGACUUUCUAUAGAAAAAAUAUCUAUAGCAUUUAAAAUAAAAGAUGUAGACCCAUUAAUUUCCAUGCAAAUUAAAGAUUUAUCUGUUAUGGGGGGAUUUCCAGUAUGGUCAUCAUUUAUUUGUACGCAAAAUAUGACGAGUUUACGAGCGCAAACAUUAAAAAGAGGGAAACCAAAUGGCACCUCAACAACAGAUGUGGCGACGGAUUUACCUUCAGAAUACAUUUCUCCAACUAAUACAAAUAGUUUAGCAGCUGGGGAUUGGACCUUGCAACUAGGUGCUUGGCCCUGCUUUAUAUUUAAUCCAAGAAACAUUCAGUUCAUUCCUGGGGUGGUUGAUCAAAUCAUUUUAAUGGCUUUUAUUAAUGAAGGUGAACAAGUCCUUGAUGGUCAAAACAAUCUAUUGUUUGGCAUAUUUGAUGAAGAAAGAAAUAUGUCUAUGGUUGAACCUUUUGUUGGCCCAACGCCUUCCGUGAACACCUUUACUUUCACGAGAACUCAAAAAAUUGAUGUCAAUAAAACACCUCAUUCUUAUUUCUUUGUUAAUAAACAAAAUUCCAAUAAAAUUGAUGGAGGGUUUGGAGUAAAAAACAUGGUAGCAAGAUUUUUAUAUGCCCCAGACACAUAUAUGGCGGUGACUUACACGGAGAGGAGGCCAUAUACACCAUUUGACCUUAUCUCCGCUGUUGGUGGUCUGAUGACAUAUACUUUGGCGAUCUGGUUUCUUAUGUUUGGGAGGGGCAAGUACCGUUCGUGGGGAUUAGUUCAGCGAUAUUUGUUGCACAAUUCACCAGAUGCCUUGAAAAAAGAUGAAAAGAAUCGAUUAUUACCAAUUACUUACAAAGAUCAAAAAGACUUGGAAAGUCAAAUAAAUUGCGGGUUAAGCCCAACAACCGGAAGUUCUUCACCUCCUUUAAGCGUCAACGCGUAUACGCCUUCACUGUAUUUUUUCUCGACUAAUGGAACGCCGACACAGCAAAAUUUUCCUUCAUCACCGUCUAAUCCAAUGGCAAGCUCAAAGAGUCUAAAUAAAAGGAUUGAUGCUAGGAUUAACCUAAAACUCUGGUUUGUUGAACAAACAUUGAAUCGACAUUAUCUUUCCGGAUUUAGAUUACGGAAUUAUGAUGUUGAUUUUAAAAAAUUUGGAAUCGAAACGUAUGAUGAUGAAGAAAUACCCUUAACUCCUCCGACCGCACAUCAUAAUUGGAGUAAUUUCAAUUCAGGAGCAGGAGUUUAUUCACCUGAUCAUAAUAGUCAUGGAAAAUUUCAAACAUCAUCUUCACCUUCACCUUCUCCUCACGGUAGUCAAAUAUUCCAAAAGAAGAAUAAUAAUAACAGUCCUUUAAAUCCGGAAGAACUGAGACCUCAAUAUCCGAAUGUAACGUUAAAUCAAGUACCAAUUGAAAAGAAGAAUCGAGGGAGAAAUAGUACGAGUGCAUCGUCAUUACAACCAAUAAAUCAUCUCCACCGACCUGGAAAUCGGUGA